UGCCAUGAUUUGCUGAGCAAUUCGACACUGGCUUCAAAGAUGCGUGUGUAGGGGAAGCAGCGGUAGAGACGGAGACCGAGAAACGGCGGAGAAGUUUCAAUCGGGUUAGACACAGACACAGUGUGUGUCUGUUUGAGUGUUAGCGCACCGAGCUGGGAGUUUACGCUUUGAUCCAAACACACGGACUCAGAAAAACAGAAAACUCUCCACCACCUCAGCUACAGUUUAGACCGGGGGGAGUUCUCGCACCUUGGCCCCGAAGCUUGCGCUGCUCUGCGGGUCUGAAAACUCUUUCCCCCCCUUCCACACUCCGGCUGUUUUCAUGUUCCUCCCGUCGUCUCGCACUCUCAGCCCGUGUCUAAUGGAGGGCCCCGUACGGAUUUGCCACCAGAAGAAUGCGUCUUGCUUCUAAUUCACCCGACGGCUCGCAGCUUUUGCCCUCCUGCAAGAGAGUUUUGCUGAACAGACGAAGGCGUACGUGCUGGGCAACACGGCUGCUGACAGGGGUCGAAGUGCACCAUGGACAGUGGCCUAAGGGUCCUCCUGUCCACUGUGCUGUGUCUCAGCCAGUCUCUGCUCAUCAGCUGCUCAUCUCAAUAUCCCUCUUUCAGCUCUGAGCCUUCCUCCUUGGUUCAGAGUCAAGGUUCUGUUGCUCGUCUGCACUGCUUAGCUAGUCCUCCAUCAGCUACAGUUUCCUGGCGCUUCAGAGGCCUUCCCCUGGACCAGGACACCCUGCCUGGUGUGGAGCUCAAUGGGGGCUCCCUCACCAUCUCCUCCCUUAAGCCCAGCCAUAUUGGCAUUUAUCAAUGUCUGGCACGCUUAGACCACGGGCCGGCCAUCGCCAGCCGCCUCGCACGUGUAGACAUAGCAGAAAUUUCACAAUAUGAAGAUGGGCGACGGCGGUCAUUAUCAGUGCAGGAAGGCAGCACUGCUUUUAUAGAGUGUCCUCUACCGCACAGCGUCCCUCCAGCUCUUCCUAGACUAAGAGUACGAGGGGAGUGGAUGGAAGUGUCAGCAGAUGACUAUUUAGUUCUUCCGUCGGGAAACCUUCAGAUUAUCUCUGCCUCAGUCCAGCACCAGGGCAUGUACAAAUGUGGUGCAUUCAACCCUGUUACUAGGGAAACGGUCAUGCAGCCUCAUGGUACCAAGCUAUCAGUGAAACGCUUAGACUCCCUCUCCCCAGUGCGGAUAGUUUACCCCACCACACCAACGACUGUCUCGGUGCAGCAGUCGCAGCCACUGACGCUGGAGUGUAUUGUGUCUGGUAGUCCUGCGCCAGAAGCCAAAUGGUUUAAGAAUGGUAAGGAGGUCACACCGGGGCCUUUUCACCAACGGCAGCACAACAACCUGGCCUUUGUAACAGUGGCAAGGAGCGAUGAAGGGAAUUACGCCUGUGCUGCUGAGACCAAGCAGGGGACUGUGAUCAGCGCUAACUACACUGUGAAAGUUCUAGAGCCUGUCUCUGUCGUGGAGGGCCUGAGCAACCAGCUCGUCUCUCCUGGCUCCUCUGCUCGUUUUACCUGCCUAGCAAAAGGAAACCCCUCCCCAAACGUCACAUGGCUGUUCAACGCUGAUCCCAUCACCCUAUCACAACGCUUUCAGAUCUCUGGAUCCUCACUUGUUAUUACAGACGUGACACCACAGGAUGUCGGCGUGUAUCAGUGUCUGCUGGACAACGGGAUUGGUUCAGCGCAGACAUACGGAAUGCUUACGAUGCAGUCAGAUCCGCAGCUGGGCUCCACUGCCAGUGUGCUCCUGGAGGCUUCGCCAUCUCUCCAUCCCAUGCAAAGCGACGAGGGCCAUGAUGAAGGCGUGGGCGACACAAUCAACCUACCAGCUGAUAGGAGCGGUGACUAUCCCACUCCUGAGGCACCGAUCAUCAUCAGCCCGCCGCAGACUCACAAGCCUGACAUGUACGACCUGGAGUGGAGGGCGGGGCGUGAUGGAGGCAGUCCAAUCAUCGCCUAUUUUGUCAAAUACCGUAAGGUCGAUGAAAUGGGAACAGUGGUGGGGAGUUGGCAUACAGUUCGUGUCCCUGGCAGCGAGAAGACCCUGCGGCUGUCAGAGCUGGAGUCCUCCAGUCUCUAUGAGGUGCUGAUGGUGGCUCGAAGUUCAGCAGGCGACGGCCAACCAGCCAUGCUCACCUUCCGCACCGGCAAGGAAAAGAGCACCUCCUCCAACAAGAAUCCGUCCAAGCCUCCUGUUGUCUCAAUGCCCCCCAAAGCUCCGGAGGACAAGACCCCCAACACACACUUUGGAGUCAUCAUACACGACAGAGUGCCUGAGGCCCCUGAUCGCCCCACCAUCUCAAUGGCGACUGAAAGUUCGGUGUAUGUCACCUGGAUUCCAAGAGCGAACGGCGGCUCUCCGAUCACAGCCUUCCGCGUUGAGUACAGGCGCGGCCGUAGUGCUGAGUGGGUUGUGGCUGCGGAUAAUAUCUCACCUCUCAAACUGUCUGUGGAAGUUCGCAAUCUGGAGCCUGGCUCCACCUACAAGUUUCGUGUCGUAGCCAUGAACAUGUAUGGCGAGAGUCCCCACAGCAUUCCCUCAAAGCCGUAUCAGGUGCCACAAGCCAGCCCACGUAUGGCAGACCGUCCUGUGAUCGGACCUCACAUCUCAUCCACAGAUGCAAUCAGCGACACGCAGAUCAUGCUGCGUUGGACUUAUAGUCCCUCGAGUAACAACAACACUCCAAUCCAAGGCUUCUACAUUUACUACAGGCCCACAGACAGCGACAAUGACAGCGACUACAAAAGGGAUGUGGUCGAUGGUGUAAAACACUGGCACAUGAUUGGACAUCUUCAGCCCGAGACCUCCUAUGAUAUCAAGAUGCAGUGCUUUAACGAUGGGGGAGAAAGCGAAUACAGCAACGUCAUGAUCUGUGAGACGAAGGCACGUCAGUCCCCGGGGUCACCCAGCCAGCACCCCAUCACUCCACCUGGCCCCCAUCCGCAGGAGCCGCCCAGCCCUCCUGGAGGACUGCUGUACCUGAUUGUGGGCUGUGUUUUGGGAGUGAUGGUGCUCAUCCUGCUGGCUUUUAUCGCCAUGUGCCUGUGGAGGAAUCGCCAACAGAACAACAUGCACAAGUAUGACCCACCUGGCUACUUGUGCCAGCCUGCAGAAAUGAACGGCCAUGUUCAUGAGUACACCACGCUACCUGGCACCAGCCGCAUCAAUGGAGGUAUCCACGGGGGCUAUGGACACACUGGUCCCCUAUUACCCCAAGGGUGCCAUCACCUUCACCACAAACUCCCCAAUGGCUUGGCACUGCUCAAUGGCUCCGGUGGCCUGUUCUCACCUGGCCACCCACACGGCCAUGAUGGCACCCUGCCCCACAGCACCCGAGACUGCGAGCACUCGCACCCUCACCACCACCAUAACGGUGGAGGCAUGUACACAGCUCUUCCCCAAACAGAGUCUUCUGAUUGUAUGAGCUGUCAGAACCUCUGCAACAACAACAGAUGUUACAACAAGACCAAUGGCACUUUCUCCGGCGGCACUCUGCCUCUAAUGCAUCGUGUGGCGCCGUGCCAGCAGGAUGGGCUGGAGAUGGUGCCUCUGAGCCAGGUUUCAUCGCAGUGCCACAGCCCCAACAUACAGAUGAACUCUGGCGACCAGGAGGCCGACACAGGGUACCAGCCAGACGAGCAUAAGGAGUCCUCGCCCUCGCAGCAUUCCUGCUGUCUGGUCGGGAACAAUGAAAACUGUCCAGCAGACAACACUGCUGAGGAGGAGCUGGAUUGUGUGGACAUGGAGGGACCUGUGGUGUGCUGGGAGAGUCUUGGCCUUCCAGACUUGGACUGUGACGAAAAGCCUGGGUGGAUCUCCAGCAGCAGCCUGGCAGGAGAGCUGAUCCAGCCCGGCCCACAGGAGGUCUGAACGCAGCCCACACACAAACACACUCUGCAGUGUGGAGGCUUUAGAGAAACCAGGCGGAGAGACAGUUGUGGAAAUAUUGCAGAGGAAGGAAGAGGACCAGCGGUGGGAUAGUCAGAGACACUGCAUGUUACGGUGACAAGGACACAAAACUGUUGAUAGACUGAGCUGAGAUGUGCGACAUGGGAAAAAUGAGCGACUACAAGAGACUGAAAGCAAAGCCAGAUGGAGAGAAAUGCAAAGAGAAAAGGGAGCGUUGCUCAAAGACAGAAACUAUAUCCCACUGGAGGGAAGACUCUCAUAAAAGAUAAAAAACUCUUUAGAUGACUUAUUUAUUUUUUGUAGUAGUAAAAUAUUAUUUCAUAUGAAUGUAUCUGUUUUAAAGAAAAAAAGUUUGUCUUUUAUAUUAUUUAUGCCUUUUGGAUGAGAAAUACUUUUUAUUUUUUGUUGUUUUGUCCCUCUGUGUUCCACUCAAUAUGAAGUGUGGACAUUAGCAAUUGUCUGUGUAAAGUUUUGUAAUAAUAUAAAGAGAAGAUAUGGAAGAGUAAACAACAACCUACAUUCAGUGUUUUUCCUCCCCACCUUUAUGCACAGCGCCUGAUGAAUGAUUGCCGCAGUGAAUUCCCCGGCCUCGGCCCAAACCCAUCGAUAUUUCUGGCAGGCCUUUGAUGUGGCUCUGUGAUGGGCUGUUCCACUGCAGUGACCCCUGAACAGGGUGAACAUUCCCUCCACUGUUCAGAUUAAGGCGGCUGCUCUGUGCUUCAGUGAAUACUUGAUAGCUCAUCACUUUACGCAAAAUGCACUGUUGCUUUGAGGGGACUGUUGACCUACUGGCCCCAAUCUGCUUGAGGAGUGGGGCAGUUUCAUU